AUGAGAACAUUGAAGUUCCUGCGGAGGAGGUACAGAGGGAAACAGACCCUGAGGACAACGACGAAACCAGCAGCUCCACUUCAACCUGCAGACGCCAAUGAGGGAGAAGAGGAUGAGCCCGAGGUCCGGAGGUCCACUCGUGCCCGCAGGCCACCGCAGAUGUUCACCUACAAUUCCCUGGGCCAGCCAACAUUCCAGUUCCAGCCGCCACCAGCUGUCCAUGCAGUCGAAGCCUUCUUGCCACCAGCGGAGUAUUCUUCUGUGCGGGUCUGCCCCCUAGACCGGACCCGUAACAUCUACAUGUAUAAAAGCUGCGGAAAAAACGACUCCAGAAUGUUACAGCACACCGUGUUCCAGCUGAGCUCAGCGCCUCAUCUGCGACGUCUACAUACAAACACAUUAGCAGCCGAGUCCGGAGCUCCGCGGACCCCGGCCGGUGCAAACUCCACCUUGUUGCUGGGAAGACUGAUGAUGUACAGAAGUGUUAUUUGUCUUGCAGUGCUAGUGAGCCCUCGCGUCCACUCAGGAGGAGAUGAAAAAGGGACGGGCCGCAUGUCUGGGAGAAGUGCUCGCAGUGCGCUGGAGGACAAUCUGUCAGAGCAGUCAUCACUUUACCCUGCCCGAAGCCACAGCACUCACUCAAUAAGACCCUGCUACAGACCAACCAGCCAAACGGGCCAUGAUUAA